AUGGCUUUUGAGGUUCGGUUUCGAAUACCCACAGGCUUGCUCCCUCGCGGAUUAUCAGACAACCAUAAUAGCAGCGACUCACGUUCCAAUAACAGUCAAGGUGGCAAAAAACCAACGGCAUCGUCCCACGUGGACGUCCACGUCGCAGUCUCUCCUGAGGAGCCUCUCCGGUCGGUCUUCAACCGACUCUUCCAGUCGCAUCUGCCCGACUGCUGCUUGCUGCCGUGCGAUGCACGUCACGUGCAGCAGGGAGCAGCCAGUGGCGUGGACGCCGCUGGCGAGAGUGAUUCGGCGCGUGGGACGCAGCAGCGGGUCCGGUUUCUGGUGCUAGGGCAGGUGGUGUACCUCUCACCUGACUCCACUGUGGCGCAAGCGAAGCUGAAGUCCGCAGUGGCGAGGCCACGUGGGAUCGACUACAGCAAGUGGGACGCCAUCGGCACUAGCAGCGACGAGGACGAGGACGAGGACGAGGAGGAGCAGGCGCACAACGUGCACGAGCGUUGGGGGGCGCUGAACACACACACGUUACGGGGCGGCGCUGGCUCAAAGCCAGCAAAGGCGCCGAGUUCUGCGGGGACUUGUGGCGCGGGCCUUUCAGAACUCAAGGAGGUGAUUUGGCGUGCUCACCAGGACGUGGUGAGGCGCUAUGGUUUCCCAGACGUGGUGGUUACCAAGGCCCACAAGGCGUCUGGAGGGGAAGGCCGGGGAUCAGGGAGAGCGAGGGGUAAGGACGUACCUGGGAAGCUUCAGCUGGUGAGUCGGGAGGACAUGGUUCACUACCUGGACGUGAGGGGCGCGUGGGAUGCGAAGGAGUGCGAGUGCUGCUUCCAACGCGCUCUCACCCUGGGAGCAGAGCGCGCUGUGACCAUGCAGAGCCUCACUUUCGCCCGGGCGCUCCUGCAGAAGCAGCUGCCGGGCGCCACGCCCUUCGUACCACGCCCCGAUGCAGUGGACGCGGGCGUGCUGGCGUUCUCCGCGGGCGUGCAGGCGUUUGGCGAGCAAGGCGAGCGCGCAUCGCUGGCCUCGCCCCAUGCGCAGUUCUCCUGCAAGUAUGCUCUCGCGCCCUUCGUCUGUGUGGAAGGCAUGCUGCUUGAGUGGCUGGCUGAGCCGCGUGUGGGCGUGCUCAUGGACCUGGGGAGGAUCCGAUCCCGCCUGCCUGCCAUUCUGGGCAAUGAAGGCUCUGCUCGGAAUAAGAGAAAAGGCUCUGCUGCUUCUGCUGCUUCUGAAUCAACCCCUGCUGCUGCUCUUCCUGCCCUUUCUGCUGCCUCUGCAGCGUGGUCGUGCUGCUGCCGCUGCAGCAGCUGCUGGGGUGCCUACCGCCGUGCUGUGAGCUUCGCUGCCUUCCUUGUGCUCGUGGCGAGGUGGCCGCGAAUGGACACCAUUUGGAAAGUGCACGUGGAUAUAUAUGAUGCCGUAUACCCAGCGCUAGCAGGGCAGCUGGGGGCGGGCCGACAGGUGGAGGAGGACUGUGCUGCCUCCGUGCUGGUGCAGGUGCUGGGGGUGAAGGAGAGGGCUGAUUUGAAGGAAGGGUUUGGGUUCUUCGUGCAGCAUGUGCUGUCAGGUGGGCUGGAGAAAGCGCAUGCAGCGAGGGGGAAGGGGCGUGGGGGAGCUGGGGAAUCUGGAGGAAAGACUGCUGGGAAGGCGGAGGGGAAGGGGAGGGGGGGAGCUGGGAACAGUGCGGGGCUGAUGGGACAGACGGGGCAAAGCGGGAAGAUGGAGCAGGCAAUGGGCGCGGUGAUGCGGAUAGUGCAGAUGGGCGAUUGCAAGGGGCCGGAGGACUGGUUGCCAGUCAUGGAGGAGUAUGGAGUUGAGCUGGCAGAUGUGGCACGCCUGGGCCACAUGCUCGGGGGUGAUGGCGCGGGGGCCAUGGGCAUGGCUCUGCCUUUUGACCUGAAGGGAAAGGAAGGGGGGGGUGGGACGGAAGGGGUGGGUGGUGGUGAUAGGAAGGGUGAGAAUUGGAGGGAGAAUUUGAAGGGGCGUGUGUGGGAGAGGUAUGUGGAUGGCAUGGCUUGGAUCCUGGAGCAUGGAGGGGGGGAAGGGAGGGAGUUCCGAUGCAGCCACUGCAGUGAGGGGGGCAGCAGCAGCAGCAGAAGCAGCAGCAGCAGCAGCAGCAGCAGCAGCAGCAGUGUGAGCAAUGCUGUGGAAGGCAGGGAUAUUCCCAGGGGCAUGUAUGUGAGUGGCGUGGGUGCCACUGACUUCGCCCUGGCAGUGGCCUCUGUGUUCUCCAUGCCAGAGCACCGCAAGCUGGCAGCCAUGCUCUUUGCAGCGUCUCACAGCGCGAGCAGCAGCAAUGUGCAGGAUGCAGCCAUUGAGGAGGCGCGGGAGAGGCUGAGGAGGCGGAAACUGACAAGUGGGAAGUCAGGGAAAGAGGAGAACGAGGGAGGGGCAACAGGAGGAGGAGUGGAAGCAGCAGCAUCAGGUGCAGCAGGAGGAGGGCGCCCACCUCCCAGUGCUGCUGCUCUCUCUGCCAGAGCUGGGCCUGCUAAUCAUAGCAGCGCCUCUGCUGGUGGUUUGAGUGGGACUAGCAGCAUGAGCAGCAGUGGGAUGCUCAGUCGUGGCCUUAUGCCGGUCAACACAGACCCCACCAUUGGGCUGCUCACGUAUCGUGUUGCUUGCAUCUUGCAGUGGCUUCGAAUCUACGGCUCAGAUUUCAUCUCCGCCAAGAUGUGCUGCAAGGACAACCCACAGGGAAAGGUCCUGCCCAUGCGCCACCCGCUUCGGGAUCUUCCGAGCCUGCUGGUCCGGUUCGGCGCUGUUCUCCCGCCAUUGGACGGGAGCACCUGCAUCCCGGAGUGGGGGGAGUGGCCUGAGGGGGACGAAGCUGCUAUGAAGUUUCCUGAGGACUCCAGUGCGAGAUGUUUCGGGCUGGGCAGUGCUGAUGGCAGGCAGAGUCGCAGGAACAGCGGGAAUGGGGCAGCGCAGCAGGGAAGCGUCCGGGGACCUCUCACACCUCUCACUAAGCACGUGCUGCCGCUUCAGAGCGGAGAGUCCUGGCCGAUAGUCCGGUGCAGGGCAGAUUCGGACUUGAUAGUGGAGUUUGCCGGUUUGUUCCUGGAGGCACCAGCAUGCACGCACUGCAGCAGGUGCAUCACCCUGUUCAUCUCGCACGUCCCCUUGGUCGCUCUCAUUGCCAACUUCGCCUAUCGCCCCACCACCGUCCUCCUCGACCGCUUCCUCUCCGUCUUCCAGCCGCACUCCGAGGUGUUUCAGAGCCUUCUCGUCCGCCUGGGGCUGAACUCUUCCCUUAACGCUUCUCACGACAGCCGUUCUGGCAAGCGGAGCAGCAGCAGCAGCAGCAGCAGCAGCGUGCGUGCGUUACGGGAACGGGUGGAGCAGGUGCCGGUUGCCUUUCUGCUCAGCCUGGCGCUGCUCUGCGCCACGCCUCUCCUGCAGCAGAGCGGCACGGAAGGCAGGCAGAAUCUCAGGGCUGGAGAGGGAACCUCUGGGGGUAAAGAGAAGGCGGGCCGCAGUAGGGCGAGAAGUGGGGAUUGUGGGGAAGGCAGAGGGGGUGGAAAGGGUGGUGAUGUUGAAGGAGAUAGUGGGGUCGUGUGGGAGGAGGUGCAAUCCUGGUUCAUGGUAGCAAUGCGGCCUGCCUCUGGGAUGGGGGGUGACGGGGCGGGCUGUGGUGGCAGGCAGGCAAGGGAGGAGGAAGUGAGAGCACGGGUGGACGAGGCUUCAGAGGUUUACCAGUGCUCUCUGCUGCCCAGAUUCUGUGAUGACAUGAAGCACGGGAGUGGGCUUGGUGGUUUUAGCAAGCGGAAGGGCAAGAAGAAGGAGGUGCCGGCUUAUCUGAUGCCCUGGCCGGGGGGGAUCAAUCUGGUGGCGUGUCUGCGAGAGAUGCUGCUGGGGGAGCCCUGCUAUCGCCCUGCCUCCCCUGCUGCGUCUUCCGCCUCUGCUGCUCCAACCCCUGGAACUGCAGGAAAGAAUGCAACCGCGUCUGUUUCAGUUACAGAAGGCUCGGGUGCUGCUGCUUGUAGGCGGCAUAUUUGCGGUGCUGCAGGGUGUGGGGGGGUGGAGGGUGGUGGUGUGAAGUUGAAGAAUUGCUCUGGGUGUGGCAAGGUGGCGUAUUGCAGCAAAGAGUGCCAGAAGGCGCACUGGCCCUCCCACAAGCUCACAUGCCCCGGCAGGACUAGCGGCCAGAAGAGGGGGGCCAAGAGUGGCAAGGUGAGGACAAUGUGA